CAGAGGUUGCUCCACCCCCUCAGUUCCUUCCUGCGAUUGGCAGUGACUAGCUUCAGCAGGAUAUAAAUUGCAGCAGCUUGUGCCCAGGGUAUUGGACCCACCUGAGGUGAAACUGGCUUGUUGGAGAAAGACACAGUCAGAGACAGGAUGAAGCCCUUUGUUACAAUUGUGCUUGUGCUGUGCAUUUACCUGUCAGGAUCAGACAGUGCAGGAUUGAUGCAGAAAUCAGUGAUAUUCCCAACCAAAACAGACACCAGCUUCGUCAAGUUGAAUGCAGCUGAUUUCUCUGAUUUGACUGUCUUUACUGUCUGCCUCAGAGCAGCGUCUGAAGAGAACCGUAAUUACACUUUGUUCUCCUACGCAACAAGCAGAUCCAACAAUGAGCUGCUGAUUUGGCAAAAGACUAAUGCACAACUAGACCUGUAUUUAGGACCUGUUGUAGGGAGAUUUUACCUCCCAAAAAUGGAUGCCUGGUUGAGACACAUCUGUGUGAGCUGGGAGUCUCGAAAAGGUGAGAUAACAGUCUGGGUCAAUGUGAGACGUAGUAUGAGGAAGAUUGGUGGAUUGGGUGGAGUUGUGAAGAACAGUGGCCAGUUUUUUCAUGGUCAGGAGCAAGACUCAGUCGGUGGAGUUUUUGACAUCAAACAAUCCUUUGCCGGAGAGAUAACUGAUGUUAAUAUGUGGGAUCGUGUUCUAAAACCCAAUUAAAUUGAGUUGAUCAGUCAGGGGUGUUACAGUGAUGGAGGGAACAUCAUUGACUGGGGAUCUACAACAUUUGCACCAGGAGGGAACGUCAUAAUUAAACACAAUAAUGAUUGUACACUUUAAAUAUUUUGGAUCCAAAAAGCAUUUAAAUGUGCAGAGGGGAACACAAUCUCCUCAAA